GCAGACUCCGUAGUGGUAGGUUGAAAAUGGCGGUUAGAAGCUACCAUAUGGUAGCAGUGGCUCUGAUUAUUGUCACACAUUAUUGCUGUUUGGCCUAUAAAGUGGAGAAGUUCUCGUUCUUGAUGCCAAAUGUCAAACCGUAUAGGCCUGAACUGUACCUAUGUACUCCAGUGAAAGUGGACUACAGCAAGAGUUACUACAUUGUUGGGUUUGAACCAAAUGCCACAAUGAAGACAACACACCACAUGCUGCUGUACGGGUGUACUAAGCCAGGCAGUCGGAGUGCAGUCUGGAACUGUGGCGAGAUGUCAGGGAAGCUUGACACCUCAGAAACGGCAAGUCCAUGCGCAGUGGGGUCCCAGGUGAUAUAUGCAUGGGCACGAGAUGCCCCAGAGCUGGAGCUGCCUGAGGGGGUUGGCUUCAAGGUUGGGGGCAAGUCCCCUAUCCAGUACCUUGUUCUGCAGGUGCACUACGCCACCAGCAAGCCCUUUGAAGGUGGGAAGACAGAUGACUCUGGAAUACAUCUCCACUACACUGAGAGACCGCUUGAGAAGGAGGCAGGGGUCCUCCUGUUGGGCACAGGGGGCAGCAUUGAGCCCAUGUCAGUAGAGAAGAUGGAAACAUCUUGUAUGAUUAAUGAGAAAAAAGUGUUGCAUCCAUUUGCAUAUCGUACACACACACACAGCCUCGGCAAGGUCGUGUCAGGCUACCACAUCCGCAGGGACAGCAGUGGCGUCGACCACUGGAUUCUACUUGGCAAGCGUAACCCCCUCACGCCACAGAUGUUCUACCCUGUUGAGAACCAGGAGCCCAUUGUGCGUGGCGACAAAGUUGCAGCACGCUGCACCAUGCAGAGCACCCGUAACCGCACCACCUACACAGGGCUUACCAAUAACGAUGAGAUGUGCAAUUUCUACCUUAUGUACUGGGUAGAACGGGACUCACCUCUCCAGAAGAAAUACUGCUUCACGGAUGGACCUCCAUUCUACUACUGGGCCUCUGAGCUGAACAACAUUCCCGAUGAGGAUGCCAGCACACUGUGAGGUGUCAGCGUGCUGGCACAGGGUGGUUGUAAAGUCUACCCACCACAUCCCUCAUUCCCUCCUGUACCCCUUGGCUUUGUUUUUGAGCACAGAGAGAACUUUACAUUUAUCUUAACUGCCUUCCUCUUAUGCAGGAUUCCCACUGGCAUUGUCUCUGGUUUGUUAAGUAUAUGACUUGUGUAUCGUCAUACAGUAUGGCUGAAAAUUUGAUUUGCUCCGAAACGUUUAGUACAAGUCUCCUAUAUUGAAUUUUAAACAAAUAUAUCAAGGGAUUUAGGCAGUAUGACAGACAGAAAUUACCUCUACAUAAUACUUUUGCUUUGCUUUGUAAAGAAUGCCUAAACUACAUAAGAAAGAGAAGCCCCUGUGCCUAAGACCAGAACCGGAUGUGUUAAGAACAAAACAUUGUGCACUGUUGUGCCAUCUAUGUAACAUACAUAUGAAUUAAAUGCAACAGAACUCUGGUCUCUAAGCAUCAGCUAUAAUGCCAGUUUAUUUCCCUUUCCCACUGAUUCUUGUACUUAAGUAGAUCAUGGUCGCCCAGACUAAUCCGGAAUUUAACAACCACCCUGUAGUGUAAUUUAGCUUAGAAGCAAUCUUUCUGUGUACUCUGUGAGUAGCAGGGUGUCCACAAAGUCUGCUUCUUCUCACAUACAAGCACUGGUGGGUGAGCUGGAGCACAGAGAGAAAGAGGGCAAACAUAGACCUGUCCAACAUCUGUCUCUGCUCCAAUUUGGUGUCUUCCCUAACCUUGAAGUGUGAGAUGCAGGAAGAAGACGAGCAGCUGUGAGAAAGGUGAAGGGGAGUGCGUAUAUGGAUUCAGGGUGCUUGAUGCCAAAGAUUAUGUUAUGAGCAAGCAUGUACCCCCCCCCUUUUGCAAGCCCGUUGCCAGUGGCUGUGCAAGAAUUUCUGCACUCAGCAUUUGCAAGAAAGACCAUGUGAAGGAGCAGAGAAUGUACAAAAUCAAAUAUUUUGCCUAACUGUGUGUUACCUGCAAAAGUGUUUUAAAAUUUAUGUUCCUUUUUCUUGAAAUCCAAUGGCGAGAUGCCAGCACAAGCCUUUUCUUGCUCCACAUCUGCUCUUUGUGAGACCUCUGUUUGUUUUGUUAAAAUGCCAUCAGAACUUGUGUCAGGCUCAUGAUUUUGCUUUGGGCCAAAGAGAAAGUUCCAGUCGUGUUCAAAUGAAUAUUGAUAAUGUAACUCUGUCUCAGAAGUCUGACUAUUUCAUUGCCUUCCAGACCAACUGACAAAGAAAAGUACAACUGAAUUGAGCAGAAGUCUAUAAAUGUUCCAUGGCUUGGUUCAUAACUGUACAUUCAUACCUGUGAACAUUAUUGGAUGUCAGAGAGACCCAGCCACUAAGCAAGGCCUAGCAGCUCAAUAGCCCCCUGCUUGCUGCACCUCGUUGCCCUUCCUUCCCUGCCACUAUGAACUCAGCACUCAUCUCUCCCCCUUGCUCCAGGGCCUCAGCCCCUUUGAGUCUGUGAGCAUGUUGGCCUAGCUUAGCUAUGUGAAUGCUGGCACUUGCCGUUUGAUCUGCUGCAGUGUGUUCUCAGGCCACUGGACCAGGAUCUGUUUCCUUGUGUUGAACUCUUCAGUAACAGCACUGUGCCCAUUCAUUGAGCCACACAGUUCCUUUAACUUACAAAAUGAAAUUAUCAAAACUGAAUUACUCAUAAAUGACAGGACAAAAGUAAGAAUUGAUGGAAUGACUUGAGUAUUACUCCCUUCAGGUACAAUGAGUCACGUACUGUACUUAAACACUUCCAGGGCGCCUUAUCGUCUCAGUGAAGUGUCUGUCUCAUGCAAGUACUUACAGCUAGAUAUAUAUAGAACUGCAUAUGGUCCUAAUUGUGAGUCAUGCUUCUUAUAUACAUUGCAGUGUUACUGAGCAGUUAUAUUUUUGUGUCCCAUUUCCUAUUCUGAUAUGUACAUUACAGUAUUCUGCACAUAUUUUGUAGAGUCUUCAUUCCUUCCCAUCUAUGGUAGGGAUGUGCCUAUCAUAUGAAUCCUGGGAAUCACAAUAGAGGAAAAAAUUAUGUGAACAGAAAACUAAGUAUGCAACCAGACGGUUUUCUAUUUAAUUCUUAAUGUAACAUCAGUAGGAAAACCUGUAUUGACAUGACCAGAGAAAUUUUCUGGUUUAUUGAGUGUAUGUAUGUAUGUAUGUAUGUAAAAUGAAUAUUGUGUUUUUAUCACUCAGCUUCAUAGCAGACUGCACUCAGAGAACAGGGGGCAAACGGUGAAUGCCUGGAGUUGGCUUGCUGUGGUCACAAUUCCUGUGUUCUGGGGUGUGACACAGUAUAGACUGGUAGAUCAUUAAGAGUAUCACAGCCCAGAGUCACCACUGUGAGCACCUCAUCUCACAUAAACAGUCCGAUGGCGGAAGUCACUGUUGCCAUUGCAAUAUUUCAGUUGCAUCAGACUUUUCUCAUGCUAAGUCAUGAGACAUCUGGUGUGAAAAUGGAAGGUUCUGGCAUUUUCUUGCAUUGCAUAAUUCCUGCCCUCACAGUGUUUUGUACUGCUGUUAUAUAAGGUUUGGGCCCCUGCUCAGUCUUACAGGCUGUUCAAAGUUUAUUUGUUAACUGUGGUUCCUCCAAGUGACUUGUGCCCAGUGGAAGGCUUACAUCGCUAUGUCUCUCCAUUUGACAUGAAGUGAGCUGGAGCAAGAUUCUGCCCAUGUAAACUAGGCAUCUGCCUCACAGUAUUGCUGCUGUUUAUGUUUGGCUGUAUCAUCUUCUGUUCCUUUCAUUCUGUAAACUUUAUUGUACACUGAAGAAAGUCGUCUUCUGGGUUUUGGCCGACGUUUCGGAGGAACAUAUCGCCUCCAUCUUCAGAGCAGGUGAAU